AUGAGCUUGUCUCUUCGCUGCGUGCCGAGCAUGUGUUGCGCUUCUGACGGGGAUCCAGCGAUCCACGGAGAUCGCUGUUGGCGUGCCCAGGGUCACCGAGGUCGCCCCAGAAACUGGCUCGAGCCCACAGGAGCCAGCGCCGGGGCGAGAGGCCCUCGCGGUCACAGCAGCCGCUCGAGGGCCCGUCAGCCGAUGGCGCAUCCGCAAGGGACGCAUGUCUAUGAGCAUUGGGUCAAGAACUCUUUCAUCUGCGUUCACGACCAAGACCAGAUGGGCCAGAUGCAGCUCCCCGUCAGGCGGAAGUCCCAGUCGGUGCCCCCGCUUGUGGCGUCUGGCGGCGGCGAUGAGAAGUCGCUGGCGCCCCGCAGCGUGGACCGGAGCGAGCCGGUGGUGCUGGGGCCACCAGUUCCAGCGGCGUCUUCGAAAGGCGGAAGGCGGUGCCAAAGGUGCCGCGGUCGCAAGGGGGCCAGGUGCAGGUGCGCCCUCAAGAGGGCCGCUGCGCCGUGGGCGGCGGCGGCGGAGCAGCAGCCGGAGAGCCAGCCGGCACAGGACGGGCCUGAGAGCAGGUCCAACGAGCCAGACGAGCAGGAUCGCCACCGCGUGUGA